AUGUCCACCACCAUCCGCUUUCCCCCGCCACCACCGACCCGGAACGAGCUGUCGAGCGAGCAACGCGCAAGACUCAUGCGCAGCAACAGCAAACUGGCCAGGUCCUUGGCAGCACGCCCCAUGUCCUCGACCUUUCCUACGUCGCGACAAGAGGUACCCAUUCUGCCGCAUAUAUUGCACGGACGUUCCAAGUCCGUCACCAAGGUCGACAUGGACUCCAUCCGCGUCGUUACUCAAAGCCCGGACUCCGUCUCCUCGAGCACGACCAGCAGCUCGCACAACUCUUCGCGCAAGCCCAGUCUCGCCACCAUCCCCGGUUCUCCCCCUUACGACCACGCCAGCUUUGACAGCCUCAACCUCCGUCCGCCUUCGUUCCGUCUCCCAUCCGAGUCUGCCCUCCGCCGUGAGAAGCUUCGCCGCGUCCGCAAGAUGCUGGGCGACGGCGUCCCCACCGACCUCAUCUUCCCUUCAUCCGCCGAGGAACUCGCCCUCAUCGUCACUCCCACGUCUGUGGCAAGCCGCGAGUGGCUCCUCGUCGACUUGAAUAAACCGCUCCCCACCAAGCCCGCCCGCCAGCACCAGAGCCUCGCGACGUGGGAGCCGGCCACCCGCCGCAACAAGCUGUACCGGGAGCACUCAAAGGAGCGACCUUCCGGUGGUGCGCAGCGCCUGGAAAGCAUCGCUGAGAGCGCCAAGGAGUCGCGCCCGAGCAGCGUCCAGGUGCUUGGGGUGUCCGCGAGCGCUGGGAUGAACGGGAGGGGGCGUUCAAGGCGGUUCAUCGAGGGCGAGGUGAUGUUCGACCAGAUCGCGGCGACAUGGAACCGGGGGUGGUGA